AUGUCCACGCCCUACUUCUGGGCCACGCCUCUUCGCUACUGUCGCUGGGCUGCCCGCGAGCGACCGGCCCUCUUCUGGUCCGUCAUCAUCGGCGCGGCCGGCCCUCUCGCCAUGCCCAUCGUGCCCCCCAUUCGAUACUACUUUGGCGACAUUGAGCCGGCGCCGGUUCCUGUCACGUAUCCAGUUCCCAACGGUCCUCGGAAGCAGCUCUCCGGCUACGACGAUUAG